CCACUACCACCACCACCCCCCCGACCACUAUAUCUCCCUCCCCCGCCGCACUCGUCUUCGAUCAGAUCACCGUCAUACCAUGGUGGGCACUUCUCAGUGAACGACUCUCUCCCCGACGGUCCCCACCGCCUUCCUUUAGCCUCAAGAGUCGUCGUCAUGGCACGUUGGCCCAGCCAUGCUGCCAGGUCGACCUCGCGAUCCGUGUCCUCGUCCAUGGUCUUCUAUCUCUCUUUGAUCUCCCUCGUUCUCUCAACCGUCGCUCGCGCUCACAGUGUCGCCCUCCUGCCAUCCGCGGCCUCGUCUUCUUUUCCCUCGUGUGGCUUGUCCUGCUCCGUCCUAAAGGAGGCUCAGGACAACUGUGUGCCGCCCGUCGCCCUCCAGUCCGACCAUGCGACCUACGUCUCGUGUUUCUGCCAGUCGAACCUGCUCACUUCGAUUUAUUCCCCGACCGGUGUCUGUACGGACAGCUGUGCUAGCGCAUCCGAUCGUUCCUUGAUACGAACAUGGUAUAACGACUUUUGCUCGUCCGAGAGCACCCUCUCCAAGCGAGGCACGGCCGAUGCAAGCGCAUCCAUCUUCACGAGGGAUGCGCGCUCCCAGGCCUGGUGGACGACGCACUAUAAAUGGGUAAUCAUGAUCAUUGUCCUUGUGGUCGCAUUCUCCGUCAUUACCGUCGUGGGCAUCUGGCUUAAACGUCGCCACGAUCGGAAAUACCCCGGUCUUUACCACGCCGCCGGAACCGCUGGAACGGACAGCGCACUGUUGGCAGCCCGUCAGCAGGAUGCCAGCCCCUCCCCUGGACCAGGGCCUCCCGCGCAGGGCGCAUUCAGGCCCGGUCGGUACGAUACCGCGACCAACUCCGAGUCCAUCGCCAGCAGUUCCCGCACAAAUGUCGCAUCUUCGACAACCCGACCCGGCCGAACGCCGUCGCGUUUACAAAAGACCCAACCCGUGCCGGAAGGCGAUACCGAAAUCCGCGAAGUUCCCCGGUGACCUCAUACAUGAUUACGGUUUUUUCCUUUUCUCGAGAUUCCAAUCCUUCAUUCACCGAAAGCACGACGACUGGCACAAUAUCUACUAUCCGGUAACGAGCGGGCAGAGUCAGUCAGUCGGGAAACCAAUGCGCCCCGCUAAACAAACUUGCAUAUACCUGGCGUUCACGUGUCUGUGGGGUUAUUGAAAAUCUCACGUACAGUUCCAGUCCGAUUUAGUACAAAGUCCCUUUCUUUCUUUUCUUCUUCUUCAACACAACACUCUAUGUGCCUUGCCUGCUCCGAAUGACUGUGCAUACCUAUGGUUCAGGUUUAUUAUUUGGCUGUGUUUACCAUUUGACUUUUUGAUCGAAUAUAC